UGCUUUUGGGGCAGCUCACCUGGCCCAGGUGCUGCUGCAUGGAGAGCCCGGAGGAGCCCCCAAACAACAGCACCCCAGGGCCUUUUGAUGGCCCCCAGUGGCCCCACCAGGCCCCCCGGGCCAUGUACCUGGCUGUGGCCGUGCUGAUGGGGCUGGUGGUGGCCUCAGCCUCGGUGCUCAAUGGCCUGGUCAUCGUGGUGUCCGUCAGGCACAAGAGGCUCCGCUCACCCCUCAACUACAUCCUGGUGAACCUGGCCGUGGCCAACCUGCUGGUGACACUCUGCGGCAGCUCCGUCAGCCUCUCCAACAACAUCAGCGGCUUCUUCGUGUUCGGGAGGCGGCUCUGCGAGCUGGAGGGCUUCAUGGUGUCCCUGACAGGCAUCGUGGGGCUGUGGUCCCUGGCCAUCCUGGCCUUGGAGAGGUACCUGGUGGUCUGCAGGCCCCUGGGAGAUUUUCGGUUCCAGCACCGGCACGCUGCCAGUGGCUGUGCCUUCACCUGGGGCUGGUCCCUGCUCUGGACAACCCCACCACUCCUGGGCUGGAGCAGCUACGUGCCUGAAGGCCUGAGGACCUCCUGCGGGCCCAACUGGUACACGGGCGGUGGCAACAACAGCAGCUACAUCCUGGCCUUGUUUGUCAGCUGCUUUGUGAUGCCCCUCAGCCUGAUCCUCUUCUCCUACACCAACCUGCUGCUGACCCUGCGGGCGGCGGCGGCGCAGCAGCAGGAGUCGGACACGACACAGCAGGCGGAGAGGGAGGUGACGCGCAUGGUGGUGGCCAUGGUGGUGGCCUUCCUCACCUGCUGGCUGCCCUACACCACCUUUGCACUAGUGGUGGCCACCACCAAGGACAUUGUCAUCCAGCCAGCCCUGGCAUCCCUGCCCUCCUACUUCUCCAAGACGGCCACGGUUUACAACCCCAUCAUCUACGUCUUCAUGAACAAACAGUUCCAGAGCUGCCUGCUGGGAAUGCUGUGCUGUGGUUACCACCCCCGGGGCAUGGGGAAAACCUCUCCCGCUGCCCCCAGUCCCCAGGCCACCGCAGAGGGGCUGAGGAACAAGGUGACACCAUCCCACGCCGUGUGACAGCUGCCACAUCCUGCCUGCACCAGGGCCAGCUCCAGGAUCUGCCUGUGCCACCCACAGCAGCACAGAGGGGCUUAGGGUGGGGCUGAUGGGGGGCUCUCAGAGGUUGGAGAGGUCUCCAACAAAAGAAAAAAAAAAUAAAAGACAUGACAGGGUCUUCUUGCACGUGAGGAGCCACCCCAUCAUGGGAGAAGCUGCAGAUUUUCACUAUUUCUCUCCCCUAAGAAACCCCCUCCUUUCCAGCCCCUCACCUUGGAGCCUUUCAAGAACACAAAAUAAAAAAUGAACAGUAAUUUUUCCUCUGUGCACACCAUCCCAGGCUGCUGUUUGACCCAGUCAGGUGGAACAUGGUCUGCCCCAUCCCCAGCCAGAGCCCUGCCUGCAAGGCCUGGUCCUGUUGUGAAGUUCAGGGAGAUGCUGUAAAUCUGGCAUCAACCCAGCAGGAAGGUUUAAGAGCCAACUGUGUUAAUAAACACUAAUAAACACUGAGCAGUUCAUCUGCUUUAUUGGCUGACAGAAGGUUUGACAGAAAACACAUCCCCUCCUUGCCACCAGAGCUGGUGGCAAGUGCCACAGACAUCUCUACAGAAAGCCAGAAAAAAAACAGACACAAUGGUAAUUUUUUUGUUUUUUACAGUUAAUGCAGUAAGGAAAGGUCUGAAUCCACUGAUUUCCCAGCAAGGGUGAAAACACCAGUGGUAACAGGCCCCAAGGCACAGCAGAGGCACCACUGCCCACCAGCAGCAAACAAAAGAUGCCAAAGCCUGUAAGGAUAAAAUAAAAGAUAAAAAACCUCCAGGAGGCUCGGCAGCUUCACACCUCAUCUUAAAUCUCAAAUCACAGUGUUUAUCUAGCCCAGCUGCAAUCACACG